ACAUGGAACUCCGUCAUUAAAGGUUUUAUACCCAGGGAGAAGACACAAUCAAUUUUGUUCUUCCUUAAAAUUCUAGAAAAGUCUAUCAUUUCUUUGUUGAGUGCAGUUUGAGUGUGUUUUAUUAUUAGUACCAAAAUGACGACCCCAUACAACGGCAAGAAACGAUGUUUUGGCGAAUACAAAUGCCCACAAUGCAACCGAAAGUGGAUGAGUGCCAAUUCCUGGGCCAACUAUGGCCAGGAGUGUACUCAAUGUAGAAUCAACGUUAUGCCACAUAAACAGACACCUCUCGAGAAACCAAAGGGUUUGGACAAAAGUGAUCCAAAGAAGAAACAUCCUAUGGAACUUUGCCAGAAGUGUAAACAAUUGGGCGUAUACUGUGGAAGUACAUACAGCUAUCAUUAGCAAUGUAUCAAGUACAGAAUAAUCAUAGCGAAACCUACAAUUAUAACAAUAACGAAGAACAUAACAUCAGGAUUCGCGCAUUGCGUAUUUUUUCAAAAUUUGUUUUUAUGGUUAUGGGCUUAAUUUCAUUUUAAUCCUAUCUAUAGGAAGUAAAUUAUCGUAAAAGAAUAACAAAAAUAAUAUUGUUAGAAGUCAAAGUAAAAAAUAAUGAGAAAAUACAGAAUGCGCGAACAUACCCCCAUUACGAAAAUUGUAGCCAUGAUUUAUGCUAUAGAAUAUAAUAUGAUUCUUAUAUCUGGGAACUAUAGAUACCUAUAGAGGUAUUUAAUAUUUCUGUGCUGGGAACAGUUAGGAAGCUCAAGGCUAGUCGUAGGCAAAGAUAUGUACAUAGGUCUUUGUACAUGAUUGGUUAGUUCAUUGGAGGGGGCCAAUCAGAGCGCCGAUCGCGGUCUCUCGUUUCGAUCUCAUUAAACCUAAAAAUUUAGGACCCAUAGGACCUCAGGUUAUUUUUCCAUCGACUACGCAGGUGAAGCCGUAGGUUCCCAGAUAGUCUUUAAAUUCGAAGAUCAGACAUCCCAACUAAUUAAUAUCUGCUAUCUUAAAGACCACAAACAUUGGGUUCAAAGAUUGCAAUUUAUUCUUGACCCCUUCAAGACAAGAGGGGUCGCCUUUUGCAAGAUGUGGGGUCAAAUACGAAACCACGAGUGACAAGGGAACAGUGGAACUAAUUUAACGAGUUUUGUUUCUGAAUCUUAAAGCCGGGUCUACACAGUAGGCAAACAAUAGUAAACAGCAAACACGAACAUGUUUUGUUCGCCACUGUUCGACACCAAUACCGAACAGUUUUGUUCGCCACUGUUCGACACCAAUACCGAACAGUUUUGUUCGCCACUGUUCGACACCAAUACCGAACAGUUUUGUUCGCCACUGUUCGACACCAAUACCGAACAGUGGCGAAUACAACCACAGACCAAAGUCUAUUAGUAAUAUAGUAUAUAUAAAGUCUAGUAUGCACAAACUUGCUACACAUCAAUGUUUGGGACUUUAUUUGUUUGGUAUUUGUAGGGGCCACCAAGCGUUUGAGAAGAGUUUUAACCUAAAGAUUUAA